AUGGAUUACCUGCUAGAGUCCAGGUUAACCCGGAACACUCAAUUGUCCACUUUGAACUACACCAUGUCAGCCUAUUCCCAUCCGCUGAUCUACAAUCCCGCUGAGCUCUCUUCGUUCCCAACGGGUCCCAGUCCGAAUGAAGAGGGACAACGGGUUCCUCCGUCGAAGGACUUUACAAAUUCGCAUGCGGUUGCCGUUUCAAACGAAGUUGAUUACGAAGAAACAGUCGGAUUCAAUCAUACAGAUAACUCAGUCACAACUCUGCCCAUUCCACCCGAUGUUAGAACACCCCGAGACAAGCACACUGAUGCGAUGGCGAUAAUGAAAGGGACAGUUGAUGAAACCCAUCUGGAAGUUAUGUGUCCUGGUGCUACUAUAACACAAGCGGAGCCAAAACAACCGAAAAAACGUGGACCUAAAAAGAAGCCCCUGACAAAAGAGCGAGAGGUCCGAUUGAAAAACCGUCGUGUUCGUGCUAAUGCCCGGGAACGAAGUCGAAUGCAUGGGCUGAAUCACGCUUUGGAACUGCUCAGACGUCACGUGCCCACAUUUUCCGCUUCACAACGGUUGAGUAAAAUUGAAACACUUCGAUUGGCUAAGAACUACAUUCGAUCAUUGACUGAUCUGUUAACACGAAGUGAACCACCGUCACAUUUAGAACUAGCCUACACUCUCACGGAAGGUUUAUCUCAAAACACUUCGAAUCUCAUAGCAACCACAUUACAAGUUAGCCCCCGGGCAUUGAUCCAGUUGCAACGCCAAAAUUCCAACGAGGGGAUGAAAGAGUCUCGAAUAGCUUGGUCCCCAAGUCCAUCAUCAUCACCCGGUGCCUCCUCGUCCACUUCUCGUAUGACCAGAAAUUCUUCACGUCAACCAACCUACGCGGAACAGACAUCUCGAGCUACGGUACCAAACAAUUUGUCAACGAAUCGGGUCCCACAAAUCCCCUCGGUUCACGUGGAGGAACCAUCCAUUCCGGAAUCGGAUCCACUUGUCUAUACUCCACCGUGCACCCGGAUACGAUGCUCAAAUCCGAUGGACUAUAGCAUGUCCAUGUGCUUUUCGCCCAACUCAAAUGAAACAUCUGUGAUCUCCGAACCCAUGUUAAAUAAACCCUAUUUUGGAGGUUAUAACCACACACCUUCCUCUGCUUAUGGAACCGAGUCCGUGGCAUUUGUGUCCGGUGCAAACACGGUACUGACUCCGGCGUUUCACGCUGCCUCGUGCAUGGAUGCUGGUGUAGCCCCGAAUUACCUGUCUGACUUUUCCUACGAAAACUCUAACCCGUACGCAUACACGCAAUCUUUCACAACACCGACUAGUGGCUAUUUGCCAAGCCUAUGA